UGAAUUGAACUGAAUUGAAUUGAAUUGAAUUAAGGUCACGGAGGGGGAGGGAGGACGCACGACGCAACAGUCCAAGAAAUAUGUUCAAGAACAGGGCCCCAAUAACAUUACCAUUAAUAGGAAUUGGAACCUUCAAAAUUAAAGAGGAAGAGGAAUUGUUGGAUGUUUUAGAAGUUGCUUUUGACACUGGCUACAGGCAUAUUGAUACUGCGUCAGUUUAUCAGAACGAGCAAUUGCUUGGAAAACAUUUUAAACAUCUACUACACAAGAAGGGGUUGAAGAGAGAGGAUGUGUUUCUAACAAGCAAACUGUCCCCCAAAAAUCAUGGGUACAAGGAAGCAGAAGAAUCCUUUCUCAAGUCGCUUACUGAUGUGGGUAGCAGUUACAUCGACCUUUAUCUUAUACACUGGCCAGGAAAGUCAAAACUAAGGGGUUUAGAUCCAAAGAACAGAGAAUUCCGCAAGGAAAGUUGGAAAGCUUUGGAAGACAUGCAUAAGAAAGGACUUGCAAAAGCCAUCGGUGUCUCUAACUAUACGAUUGACCAUUUAAAGGAGAUGGAAAGUUACGCAGAAAUUAUGCCAGCAGUAAAUCAGGUAGAAUUUCACCCGCAUCUAUAUCAAAAGGAGUUAUUGGACUAUUGCGGAAACAAAGGGAUACAACUGCAAGCUUAUUCCUCUCUUGGCGUAGGCGAGCUGAUCAAAGAUCCAUUAAUAAAUCAAAUUGCUAAGAAAUACGACAAGUCUGCAUCACAAGUUCUACUCAGAUGGGGUCUCCAGCAUGGAAUAGGUGUUAUCCCAAAAUCAACGAACCCACAACAUAUAAAGGAAAACUUUGACGUUUUUAACUUUGUGAUCACAGAUGAAGAUAUGGCUCUCAUGAAUGGAAUGAAUAUCAACAAGCAUUAUUGCUGGGACCCUUCAACGGUUGUUUAGUCAUCAAGUUCAAAACGCGCUGAGAAGCCUAUGUAACGCUUUAUGAUGCUUUAUGAUGCUUUAUGAUGCUUUAUAAGCUUCCUCAGUUGAAAGGGAAAAUUGUAAUUUUAGUAAGUUCCAAUUGGGGUUUUUGAUGAGCAUUUAUAAAGGAAUAUGGCAUUUUAUGUGCGAUGGAAACAUCCUCAUUUGAACGUGAAAACUAUUUUAUUGCAUGCAACAGCUCAACUGUCCUUUUUAUUUUUAGUAAAAGAACAAUUCCAGUAAAAUUGUAUCAAUAUCCCCAUAAAGGACCGUGUGUGUGAAUACCGAAAAAUGGUCCAAGCUCAAUGAAUAACAAAUGGUUUUAAAAUAAGGCUACAAAUGAACUUUUCUGGGUAGCUUAGUUAUUUUCCCUUCUCAAACUGCAGUGUAUGAAAGGUCUGUCUUUGAAACCAAACUUCCACUAGCUUCUCCGCUACACAACAAGCAAAAUCUACUACAAUAAAUGCUAGCUCCGAAACACCGGCGUCGCAAGCUCCCAAAGUUGUCAUAAGGCCCGGUAUCCAAAUUCGCAGAAAUUUCUGUUGUGCGAAGAGCGUCUUUUCAGAGUGGUAUAUUCGUUCUUUUAACAUUGGAGCUGAGGGGCGAUUCACUCUUGCAAAUAGAAAAAGCGUACGAGAUUUUGCCUAUAAUAGGAUUUUUGAAGAUUUUCAAUAGGAUUUUCACAACAAUAGGAUUUUCACAAAAGGUGUACGAGAUUUUAAUAGAGCGCUUUGCCCCUCAAUUGGAGCGACAUGAAGAGGUGAAGGUAGCGGCGGAUUAAGGCACACUGGUGCUCUAAGCACUGAACCAUCUGUGUGCCACCACUUUUCACCACCUACCCAUUCCAUUUUAGUUGUUGACCUUUUUUGUUGGUAAUGUUAGGAGGCCAAAGGGACUUAUAGCAAUGCCCAAAAAAGGGAAAGGAUGGAAGGGCUAAGAAGAAUGGAAGAUAAUAUCAGGCUUGUUCAUACCGAUUUUUAAAGAAGACAGGUUAUAAGAAUAUUGGGUGCAGGAACAACGUUCAAAAAUGCGUCAAAGUUUACAAACUAUCGGAAGGAAAUACAGGAGAAUCUCGAGUUUUUAGUGUAUCUUGCACAUCUUAGGGGACCAGAGAUUGUCUUCUCCAACUUCCCAAUUAUUGUCAAAUACUUCUUUGACCGGACCACUCACAACAGAGUCAUGUUGUAAAUUUAAGGAAGAUGGUGAGCUCAGAUAUAUGUCAUCAGCAAAAGAAUGAAAACUUGUAGGGGUAGAAGAAAGGAAGUAGGUAAUUGAUGAAAAGGAUAAAUGAAAAUUUCUACCAGACACGAUCAAAGGCCUUUGAGGUGUCGAGAGAGAUCACUCCGUUCGUUUUCCCAACAGAUUCAAGACAAAGGACCAAAUGCGAGCAGCAUAAGCUAGAAGACAAAGGACCAAAUGCGAACCGGUAGAUCUUGCUGGCCAAAAUCCAGUAAGUUAACAAAAGAUUUGAGAUCAAAGCUCAGAACAAGGGUGCAGGAAAUCUUUCAGCGCCCCGUUAGAUGCGCUACUGAGUGAAUACAGUCAGAGUAUCUCAAAAGUCUGAAAAUAUCAACAGAUAAGGGACAACUACAAAUACUUAUUUAUUAGAACUAAGAGAAAAAAUCGAGGAAGCUGCUUGAAAACUUUUUACUAUUGCAGUGAUUUUAGAUUGUCAAGGAUAUCACACACGUCACGUCUCAGACAUAGAGCUCAAUCCAAAAUUCUUAACAUAACAGGAAAAAAUGACUUUGUUAAAGAUCUUAUUGCCCAACAGAGGUCAGAGUGCACUGCGUUAGCAUUCUCUAUUUUGGUACACCUGGGAACGUAACCUGGUGAAGAAUCAGAAUAUUUAGAUCAAUUUUACACAACUUCUUUUUACAUUUUUCUUGACAUUUUUAUUUUCUUCUCAACAUUGUGGUGUCUUCUUUGGCUGUAAUGCCCUAAGCACAUGCUUAUUCUGCUUAGUUGUAUGUGUUCUCAAUUUUAUUCAGCCUUGUCCUUGUUUCUACCAUGUCACCAUUAAAUCCUCGUAAAUUGUAUUCUUAUCGGGGAAGUGUUGUUGGCAAAUUUUGGUAACCCACACACAAGACACCACUGUCCGCACAGAAACAGAAUCGCGAACGACCUAGUUGGCUUUCUCUUUCCCCUUUUUUCACUUGCAAUCAUCGCAAAAUCAAUAAAUACCUUCUGUAGAAAAGAACAUUGCCUCAAGGCUUCAUCUGUUGUGGAUCUUCGUAAUUGCCUGUUUUGUAGUAUAUUAAAUAUGUUAUUAGAUAAGUAGGUGUAGACCAGGGACGCAAGUGAGGCUGGGCAUUUUUCAUUUGCCUGCAAAUUCCACGAAAAAACUUAAAUUCAUUUUCCUAAACAGGGCCCUCGUCACGAAUUUGAAAGUGGAAGGGGGAGCAAGAUCAGCAAAAGAAGGAGGCCAAGGCCUCUCUCCCCUUUUACUGGAGCUUUAAAACUAUUUGCUUCGUAAAAAGUGGGGGGUCAUGGCCACCCCAUCCCCCCCGGUGGCGCGGGCCCUGCUAAAAUUUUUCUACACGUACAAAGUGUUGUACGAAUGAGAAACUUUGCAGACCCUUGAUAAGAAAAAAGCGAAGAAGACAAAACUUUGCAGCGUUGCAAGUCCUUUUAUCAAGUUAGUUAAUAAUUUUAUCAAGUUUUGUGAACUAAUAGUAGUUCUUUAAACAUAGGCACAGUUAAAUAUCACUAGCUAUAGCUUAACCAAAUCAACUUCAAACUUACCAUUUCCAUUACGGAAAUUUAUUCAGAAAAAAAUAUGAACUUUAGCUGUAAAAUCUUUUUUCAAAUUAGUAAAUUGUUGCUCGAGUUUUAUGGCAAAAAUUUGUCAAGAAAAUACCAUACAAAUUGGAAUUUAUUUUGAUUUUACUGAAAUAUUUGCAAAGUAUUUUAAUUUCUGAUAAAGCAAUGCAACCUUCAUGGUUGCAAACCAAACCCAAGCCCUCCACAAAAUAUCCUAUCAUAAAGGCAAUAAUGAUGGUCAAAAAAACUAAAAUUAACAACAAAUAUUAACAGUAAACACUCCUAGUGUGACAU